AUGCCUCAGCAACGUCUCGAACCACUCCUCCACCUCGACGAUCGUGUAACUGAAGAUGAUGUAGGUGAUUCACUGAGUUAUGUAGGUGAUUAUGUAGGUGAUUCACUGAGUUAUGUAGGUGAUUCACUGAGUUAUGUAGGUGAUUAUGUAGGUGAUUCACUGAGUUAUGUAGGUGAUUAUGUAGGUGAUUCACUGAGUUGUUAUUCCUUCUCAUUAGAUGAUGUAGGUGAUUCACUGAGUUAUGUAGGUGAUUAUGUAGGUGAUUCACUGAGUUAUGUAGGUGAUUAUGUAGGUGAUUCACUGAGUUAUGUAGGUGAUUCACUGAGUUAUGUAGGUGAUUCACUGAGUUAUGUAGAUGAUGUAGGUGAUUCACUGAGUUAUGUAGGUGAUUAUGUAGGUGAUUCACUGAGUUAUGUAGGUGAUUAUGUAGGUGAUUCACUGAGUUAUGUAGGUGAUUAUGUAGGUGAUUCACUGAGUUAUGUAGGUGAUUAUGUAGGUGAUUCACUGAGUUAUGUAGGUGAUUAUGUAGGUGAUUCACUGAGUUAUGUAGGUGAUUAUGUAGGUGAUUCACUGAGUUAUCGAUGGAAAGAUCUUGUCACUAGGUCAAGCGAGGUCUGGGAAUGUGUGCAGAAGGCGGGGCUGUCGGGGGAAUUCGAUAUCAGUGGUUGA